AGAUGCAUCUCUAUUGCACUAACCGAGACCAGCAUUCCGUCAGAACCGGUUACAGAAUUAAACAAGGAAAAGCCGGACCUGCAGGGCCUCCUGGUGUCGUGAAUUACAAAAUCGUAAAUGAAACUAUAAAAGAACAUUUCAAUGAUAUUUCCGGACAGAUACAAGCAAAGAUGACUCAAAUUGGUCCGAUUGUUGAGAAGUCUAGCGAAGACAUAGAGGAUUUGAAAGCAGUAAUGCAGCAAAUCCGCGAGCAGCUUGGGAGACUUAGAACAUUAAAUAUACACCAAAUUGUAGACAUCAGCACUUGGUAUAAAGCACGUAACAACUAUUACUACAAACUAUUUGACGACCAGGCCACUUACGCAGAGGCGAAGGCGAAUUGCACGAUACUCGGAGGCCAACUGGCAUCGGCGGGAAUUCGAGAUGAAGAUAUUCGCAGAGAAAUCCUACCCUUGGUCAAAUCUGGAGAAUUCCAAACUUGGAUUGGUUUGAACGACAUUCAAGAGGAAAACACGUUUAUCUGGGAAGAUGGUGUUACGGCAACUGCAGGUUCUAUUCCAUGGCAUGAUGGUCAACCUAACAGCUUAGGCGGUAAUCAAGAUUGCGUUGAAAUGCAGCCUAGCUUUGGCUGGGAGCUGAACGAUCAAAAUUGUACAAUCAAACGAAAAUAUUUAUGUGAGAUUGAACCAUGAUUUCACAUUUACAUAAAGCCAAAGACUUAUAAUGCCUGAAUCAUAAUAAUCAACAUUAGCGAUAUCUAACCAAGAUCGGUGAUUUUCAGGGAAAUGAUGGUAAAACAUUUUGUUAUGGACUUCGUGUCCAUAUAUUUGAGCAUAGCUAUCUUGUUAGCUAUAAAGAGCA